AUGGCGUCCACCGUUCCAUUCUUCUUCUUCCUCGUCAUCUUUAUCUUCUGUGCUUUCUGCAAUGCCUCGACCCAGUUCAAAUUCCCUGCGCUUCUUGCAUUUGGUGAUUCGACAGUGGACACAGGCAAUAACAACUUCAUCAAAACGUUGGUUAAGAGUAAUCACUAUCCCUACGGCCGAGAAUUCCCUGAUCAGGUAUCCACUGGGAGGUUUUCUGAUGGAAGACUGGUCCCAGAUUUACUAGACUCUGCGCUGGGAAUCAAGGAGUUUCUUCCUGCUUUCCUGGACCCACGUCUACCAGACAGUGAACUCCUUACGGGUGUUUCGUUUGCAUCCGCUGGAUCAGGAUAUGAUGAUCUUACCGCAGCAGAAUCGGAGGUCAUUCCGGUGUCGAAGCAACCAAAAUACUUCAAGGAGUACAUCAAGAGGCUCAAAACAGUUGUAGGGGAGCAAGAAUCGAUGAAAAUCGUUGGUGAAGCGUUGGUUCUCAUUAGUGCAGGAACCAACGAUUUCAUUUUAAACUUCUAUGAUUUACCCACCAGGAAGCUUCAGUUUAACACUACUGGCUACCAAGAUUUUCUGCAACAAAAGCUACAAGCCUUGGUUAAGGAGCUGUACGAUCUGGGGUGUCGCAAAUUCCUCAUAGGUAGCCUUCCUCCAAUAGGUUGCAUACCACUCCAGAUAACGUCCAGAUUCAGUACAGACCCGAUUGCGAGGAGAUGCGUGGAUGACCAGAAUUGGGACUCUCGUGUUUACAAUUCCAAGCUGGAGAAAUUGAGUCAAGAAUUACAGUCAUCGCUUCAGGGCAGCAAAGUGGUCAUGGCUGACAUAUAUGAGCCACUGAUGGAUCUUGUUAGCAAUCCACGAAAAUACGGUUUUGUGGAAACGAAAAGGGGGUGCUGCGGAACGGGUUUUUUAGAAAUGGGACCACUUUGUAACGCGCUCACUCAACCAUGUGAAAACGCUAGCCAGUACCUGUUCUGGGAUGCCGUUCAUCCAGGGGAGGUAGCAAGCGCAUAUAUCACUCACUACAUCCUAAAAUAUAUCCUCCCCAAGCUGCUGUAGAAGGGCUGUAUGUCCUUAUUUGAUUAGAUUGGACUCUCUGCACAUUAAUUUAUGUUUU